AUGCAAAACCUGAAACCCCAUCAUGACAAAAGGGAAGUGCUUUGUCAAAAUGUUAUCUCCAAACAUCAAGAUCGGAAUCUCACGGAAAGUCUUGCCAAGUUACCCUCAACCAUCAGUAAUAACUUGAAUUUUUCCGACGCCAUUUUCUGCGAGAAUUUCAAAAAAAUUGACAAAGAUGAGCCAUUCGUAUCUGAAGAAGAAACGAAAUUCCCACUCGCAUUCGCAUUCAAUAUACAUAGGGAGUUUGUUCUAUUCGCUCGUCUAUUCAGAGCUGUCUACCGAAGGCACAACAGCUACUGUAUUCAUGUAGAUGCCAAAGUGGACGUGGAAUUUCGGAAUCAAGUGACGAAUCUGGUCAAGUGUUUCGGUGAAAAUGUUCACUUGAUACCACUGAAAUCAAGCAUACUUAUAAAUUGGGGUGACUUGGGUACAAUAGAAGCUUGGUUUCAGUGUGCCAAAUAUUUUCUGCGAAGUUUCAAUGUUCCCUGGAAAUAUAUGCUUAAUGUUAGUGGACAGGAAUUCCCGCUUCGGACAAACUGGGAGCUGGUGAAGGCACUGAUGGUGAUCAACGGAUCUAAUGUUGUCGAAUUCGACGGUAUAAAGGCGGUCAGGGAAAGAGUUCCAAAGCGUCGCGUUUCCUUCCGGCUCCGAUGGCUCAAGGGAAGCGUUUAUACUGCUCUCCGGAAAGAAAUGGUCAAAUUUAUUCUGACCAAUAAAUACGCCACUCAGAUCCUCGCCGCAUUACGUACAGAGGGAAACCAGAGUAAAGCACAAGACGAGUUAUUUUUCACCACAUUGAAUUACAACCGACAGUUCAAAGCACCCGGUGGAUGUUUCGUUCUUCGUCAACCGAAGGAAUCGGAUCCUCGAUCAAUAUUUGUGGCCAGAUACGUACAAUGGGCACCUCCGGGACAGUGUUCAAGUAAACGGUCCCAACGUGGUGUGUGCAUUAUGGGAGUGCGCAACGUACCAGAACUCAUCAGACGUCCAGAGUUUUUUGUCAACAAAUUCCGCCAUGAUUUUGAACCGGUUGCUUAUGACUGUUUGGAAUGGUGGUUACUUCAAAAAAUCAAAUUGGAACGUCGUAAGAAACGAAUUGCAUCGGAUUUUGAUCCCGUUUUCUACAAGAACCUAUAUUGUUCUAAACAUCAUUUCUAA